AUGAUAUCAAUCCGAACCUCCACACCAUCAACAUCAAUAUCAACAUCAAUAUCAACAUCAACACCGACAGCACCUCGCAGACCCCCUCCUAGGCUAAGGACCAAGACUGGUUGCUUCCAAUGUCGCAAGCGCCGGAAGAAGUGCGACGAACGGAAGCCCUUUUGUACCGACUGUUCCAAACAUGGCUUUAGAUGCGUGUGGCCUGCCCCACCAACGGCGAUAAUCCGCAGCGAACCUCAAGGCCACGGGCCAACGUUGGCCGCUAUCGAAGCACCGACAAACGAUGAUCUUGAUGUGUUGGAAAGAAGGCGGGCGGUGGAUAUACUGUUCGCGGAUGACUCGACCAAGAUUGCUACCACGCGCUCGGCGUGCUACGGUCUGCCUGGCAUUCGAACAUCAGCGGAACAUUAUCUCUCACUCUAUUAUAGAGAGAGGUACAUGCCCACGCUUCUCCGGAGCCAUGCGCAUCGGGGGUUUGCGAAUUAUUCCUCCUUGCUUGUCAUAGGGUCGCAGAAUAGUAUGAUAAUGAACAUCUUCCUCGCAACUGCCGCUACGCAUGCUGGCUGGAGUAAUCCAAGAUUUAAACCCCUAAGCAUCAAGUAUUAUAAUUCGGUCAUUUCCAGCCUCAGGAAGGCUAUCGAUACGCAAACCGUAAAAGGCGAUGAAGAUUGGCUGUUAGUCGUGACGAAUUUCCUGUGUCUCUUCGAGGUUGGGCAAGGGCGAAUUGCUGCCACGUAUAAUUCGGGGAUAGUAUCACACCUCGCAGGACUCGCCCGAAUACUUAGUAUAAGAAGUGCCACUGAUACACGGCUGAAAAGGAGUCUAAAACACCCUGUGCUUCGAACUACCGCCGAAUCUUUCGUCCACCUUUCUUACACGACAGCUUUCUAUGACUCGAAAGCCGACCUUCUAGCUGAUUUGUUCAGCUGGGACGAGUUACAACCGUAUCUCGAAGCCAACCGCUUCUCGGGUGCCCGAGCAUUUGAGAAUUCACCGCUUCUGGGUUACAACUGGCGAAUAUACAAGACAGCUUUUGAAGUAGUGCGGCUCAGCCAUAAAGUCCCCCUAAAUACCGUUUCCUCUUCGCGUGGCCAAGAACUAGACCGGGAGCUCUUGGAAUAUGACGAGGAGGUACGCAAAGACGCAGAGACCUGGGGGAGUGACAAACGAGUCAAAGGACUUCUUCAGCACACACGUAUGCUUAUCUCUGCAGCACGGAUCCUAGCAUUGAAGACUCUUAGACCUGAGACCCGCGCGUCUGAUCCCCAGAUUGUGCAACUUGUUCAGGAUGCCCUUGCCACUCUUAGGGUGGUGACAAUCAACCACGAGGGCACUGCUUAUUUCUGCUGGCCAUUGGCCAUCAUUUCAUGUGCGGUGUCGACUGAGGAGGAUAUUGCAUUCUUGAGUCAACUUUUGCAAAAUAUGUGGGAUAGAUCACAGUCGGGGAGCGUGCUAUGUCUGAAGACCGCAAUGGAAACUUUCUGGAAAUCCUUGGAAUUUAGGAGUUCUGAUGAUGUGAAAGAGGUAGACGGCGACAAGCCGAACCUAUUCGACGUGCUGGUCCAAGGCGAUGGGUUCAUGAAACACCCCUUACUGAAAACAUGA